AUGGACGGGCGCGGCAACAUCGCCGCAAUGAACGAAGGCUCCGUAAGGUCUCAUCUCUCAUCACGCAGCGGUGGUGUGAAGGUGCACGUGGGACCAGACGCGAAGAGUGGUGGUGACAGGGCUUCCAAUUCGCUCCCCGCAAUCCCCGCAGCGGUGCAACAGCGCAGUGCCAGGGUUUCCGAUGCGGCGAGAAAUCCACUGGCACUGCUGGCCUCGGAGAGCCGAGCGACCGCGAUGCGGACCAGCGCGCAGGAGCGGUGGCGGAGCGCGCUGCUGGAGUACGAGGUCGCUCUGAAGGAACUUGUGACAAACAACAUUGACGCGCCCCCCUCCGAGGGGCGUCUGCUAAAGACGUUUCAGCUAUUCGAUGCCGUGUCGCGUGUCGCCGCGGAUCAAUCUCCGGAGCUGGCGGAUCUGCUAAAGAUGUUCCGCGUCGAGUUCUGUCGCGCCACCUUUGCGCGACAAAGUCUCAAUGAAAUUAUGCCAGAGCGCAAUGUGAACGCCGAGGAGGACGCUGCGGAGGAGGAAUUAGGCUCGACGUACUUUGAACAGGUGGACGUACUGCUGCGUGAGAACGCAGCGCUUCGGGUGGAAGUGAAUCUUGGCAACACACGGAACAAUAUGGCCCUGCUAAAACAGCAGAUAGACCGACUUCAGGAGAUGGUCGGAUACUACGAAAACGAAGUAGGCCGGCUGGAGCGUGAGAACGAGCGCUCCGCUGAGAGCUACCGCAAAACCAGGGACGAACUCGAUGAGCAAAGGCUGCAUCACCGCCGUCUUUUAGACAAGUUUGACGACGACAAGCAGCACCUUCUGCAGGACAACAAAGAAAUGCAGUUGCGGUUGUUGCGGCUUCGAAAGUACCUUAGUGACAAGGAGUCGACAGUGAUAAAAGAUGCUUACAUGUACUUGAAAGAUAAAAAGAUGUCUGUGAUGAAGCGGCUUUUUGAUGAGGGUGAUGAACGGGUGUCAAUUCUGGUGAUGCUGAGUCAACUCGAGAGUCGUGUUAACGAAGCACUUGACGACUACGACAAGGAUACACUGCUGUGCGAAGAAUCUGAGCAGCCGGAGCAACAGCAACGCAUGUUGGAUGUGGUGUCCGUGCUUCUGGAGGAAAUGCAUCUCUGCGAGGAGCGCUACCUACGUCUUGUGCCGCAUGGUCAUACGCCGUCUGGUGAGGAGGGCGACGAAACGGAUGGUUUUGUCUCGCUUCUGAGUGACCCGCGGUUAUACGAUGCGCUUGUGGCGCGAGUAGCCGCGCGUGAGAUGCGUAACGCUGCCGCUACCGCUGCUGCUGCCUCACCAGAGCCGGAAGCCGAGACAGAACUGGACACAGAUCCAGGGCAAACGCUACUUUUUACAACAGUCACGGAUUCGAAGCAUAGCGCCAUUGAAUACGACUGCAAGCGUUUGUCAUUACAAGAUCCGGGGGACCUUGACUUCGCUGACUCCGUCGACUCUAGCAUCCACCAGUUACGUGCUUCACAAGUCGCCUUUUCUCCAACGCUUGUUUCGGAAGAGGCAAGUGCGACGGUGCCGCGGUCCGCCAAGGGGCCACCCGUGCAGCCGCGAGAAGCACCUGCGGAGGCGCUGCAGGUUGUAAAGAAGAAACAGGAGGAGUGGGUGGCGAGUAUCUUUGGCACGGCGGUUGAGACAACAGAGCUCUUGACGCGUGUCUGCACGCAGAGUGGCGCUUCAGGUAACAAGACGAAUCAGGAACGGUUGCUGCAGUAUUUUAUAUCGAAACCGAUGUUGGAUGUGAGCAACAAUAAGUUCCAUUCUGGCAUCGACAUCUACACGGGGCCUGGCCCGCUGACGCAAGCCUUCCUGUGCUCCGUCAUGCAUGUGGAUCCUGUUGCGCCGCUGCACGUGCCGCAGGGGACGAACUUCAUGCACGUCAAGUACCGCAACCCGAUGCGGCAGGAAGCCGUCGGCGAAGAUCUUGAACAAGCAUCAUCUGUGCUGCCGAGUGCCGACGCCCUCGACGAGUGGGGCGGUAAGACGACUUAUGUGCGCGAGGAACCGGAGUCGGAGUUGCCUGAACUAGUGAACAACGGCUUCAUCUUCAAUGAACUGAAGCAGCCGAGUGGAAAGAAAGGCAACGCGAAGUCUACAACAGCGGCGUCCUCGUCAACGCCAACAUCGACUACCUUUGAGCGCCUCAAUCCGCUCUCGCCCAACCGCUCCCCGGAGUGGCUGCUCUACCAAAAUUUGUUUGGCGGCUAUCGCCCACUGACACCGCGGCUCAUUGAUAUCUCGUACAUUGACCACAUUCUCCUCAACGCGUGUGAGCGGCACUUUGAGCGUGCGGAGGAGCGAUACCUGCGCUGUCUCAAGCAGGCCCGUGGUCGCGCAACGAACACUCAGAUGGCGCUCAACAUGACAGAGCGCUUCUUCAAGGAGUCGUACACGUUAACUGACUUCCAAGAGUCCAUUGUGCGGGAGCUGGAGUCUCGUUACUGCUAUCCGGAGCUUGUGGCAAAAGCGUUAUAUGAGAUUCUGUGUUUUCUCGACGCAAUGAUGGCGUCACAGCCCUUGGUGGAUUUAUACCUCAGCUGCAUUCGUGGCUUUGAAUCACCUACGCGUAUUCACUACAUCACACAUGUACUGUACCAGCUAAGUAUCAACUGGCCCUCCGCAAAUCCAGAGGAGGCGGUGCUGAAGGAAGAUGUACAUACGCUGAUGGAACACAUUUAUAAGAAGGCGUCACGCGUGACAAGCAUGAGCGCUAGUGAAAUACUAACAGAAUAUCAGAUGGCCACGCGUUCAGCGCCCAUUACGCUCACCUCGCUGCGUAACUACUUGGUGACAGCCAUGCUACACUUUGAGGAUCCGCUUCUGUUGUACUUUAACGGCCUGCUUAGCUAUCGGGCAACAUCAAGCUCUGUCGUGGAGAUGAACUACGAGCAGUUUGAAUCUGCCAUCAAGGACACUUGGGAGGAAAAGAUAGAAGGGAAGGCGCUUAUCCGUUACCUCAUCGCAUCAUGUGGGUUUAACAAGAAGGCGGAGCUUACCACAAAGGAACUGGCAUGUGUCGCCACCAGCAUGUGGAGCUCCGAGCUGUGGGCCAAUAUGUAA